AUGGCUGGGUCCCGAAGGAAUCCGCUGAUGAAAGACCAGUGGAGAGCCGACGACGACCACAUAGCGAGAGACAACCUACAUCCACAUCCUAGAGAAAGGGACCGAGAAAGAAACCGCGAACGGCCUGAGCGGCGUCCACGAUCACCGCCGCCCUCGCGUCGAGGAGGAGGCCGUGGCCACGAAAGGCCCAGAGGGCGUGGUGCCUCGUUCGUUAGCAAUAAUCCAUCGUCCCGUCGUCCCCUAUCAGGUCGAAGGGGAGAUCAUAAGAAACACCACAAUAGCGAUCAUAGUAAUAAUAUUAAUAAUAAUAAUAGGAGCCGGCAGCUUUCUCCUUCCUCUCACGACAAGAUUGCAGACACUGAUCAGCGAGACUCUACGCGUCAGUCAGAGGGCCAGGUAAAUUUUCGAGGUGACCCGAAACAUAGCUCACCACCACAAUCUCCUGCCCCGCCACCCAAACGGAAACGAAGUCGGAGCAUCUCGCCAUCACGACUGCAGCCGCACCCCCGCCCCAAGCGGCGAGACGGUCGUAAUCCUGACCGCCCUGAGAGAGGCCGGGGUCGAUCUGAUCGCAAUUUUUCUCCCAGAAGAGGCCCCAUUCCACGUGGGAAGGAUUAUCGACCAGCGGAUCUCCGUUCUGAAGCCUCGGCAUCUGAUUACUUGCAGUCUCGCCGCAGACGUUCCAGAUCGCCAGAUUCAUUUAUAGGAAGACGCAGUCUAUCCCCUCGUCGCGUUUCUCGGAGUCCUCCACCUACCAAGGGCUACCAGGAUCAUUCUCCACGUCCUUCCUCUCGUCACUCCUUGUUGUCAAGAAGCUCAAGGCAAUCCCCACAGCCCACCUAUCGAAAAAAAACAGAUAUGCAAUCUACGCGUCCGAUCCAGUCUGUUGUAGAUGACUCACGACGCUCCCCGUCCCCUCUCCGCCCCAUCCCGAGUUUUGACGCUGGGAACCCGAAACAAAAUACCGAAAGUGAUAGUCGGAAACGGGAUACUUUUCAAAAGCACAGUAUGCGCGGCGCGGAAAUUCGUGGUUCACGUCGACCAUCCCGUCCACAAAUCGAUACUCGCGGGUCUUACAGUACCUCGCCACAGUAUGUGACGCCUACAAGCUCCCACCUUGGGUCUCCACAAUCAGGAUCCCCACAUAGUGGUGGUAGAGGAUCUUGGUCGGGUCAGCAGCAAUACCAUGGGCAGCAAGGACAAAUGGGCAGCUAUUCUCCACCUUAUCGUCAGGCGACUUACCCCCCACCUCAGGGCGGGCCGCAAGGACAAUAUUACCAAGGCCAGCCUUAUUCGGCCAACGCAGCUCAUGGACAACAACCAGGAUACUCUAGUCAGCCAUAUCGAGCUGGACCUCCUGGAUACCGAGGCACUCAAUAUAAUCCAACCCAGGAUCGUCGAUUCUCCGUCACAAGUUCUCAAUCGUAUGGGAACGCUCAGUCACCGCCCCAAACACAAACGCAGCAGCAGCAACAACGGGGGAGGGGGAGCCACUUUAACAAUUUGCAAUGGACCCCGUCCGCUAACCGCGGCCGUGGGGCACAUGGACCCCCCGGAGGUCCCCUUCAACAACCUCACAUUUCAGACGAACGCUUGUCGCCUGAAAUUGACGAAGACGAUAAUCCUUUUCGCCCAUCCAAAGAUUUACAGGUGGAAGAUGAAGACUCAAAGCCCAAGCCGGAGAAGCAGGAUUCAAAGAAGAUGCCACCCCCAAAUCGACAGCAUAGUGUUUCUUCACAGCCUAAAGAAAAAGAAUCAGGGAAAUUCAGUUUCGCGUUCAAAUCGAAAGCUCCUGCUCCAGCCACUCCUAAGCCAGUACCAGAUCUUGCACGAAGGAUGCGUGAGCCGCCCCCAAAGGCGAUAGAUCCACUUAAGAGCAAGCAAUCGAAUGUCCCUCCACCGAGGGACAAGCAUAUUUCCCGUCCAGAUCGGAAAGACGACAGGCGAGAUUCGCGGAGAAACGACCGCCGGUUUGACAAUCGCGGAGAAAGACAUCGUGAUCGCCGGGAUGAGCGACGGGGUGAACCUCGACAUGAGAGACGGCAAGAGCGGUCACCAGAGCGUAAGAAACCUAAGAAAAUCCUCAAGCGGAUGAAACCCCGGCCGAGUAUAUCUGAAGAGUUCUCUAAGUCCGACUCUGUCUACUACCGAAAACCCGGAAACGAGUCAGUCAUUGGAGCAGGAACAUACGGCAAGGUGUUCAAAGCUAUUCAUGUUUAUACUAAGAACAUGGUCGCACUGAAGAAGAUACGUAUGGAGACUGAAAAGGAUGGGUUCCCUGUUACAGCCGUCCGUGAGAUUAGGCUACUCCAGCACCUCCGGCAUGAGAACGUCGUCUCUCUGCAGGAGGUUAUGGUAGAGAAAAACGAAUGCUUCAUGGUUUUCGAGUACCUGUCUCACGACCUGACUGGUCUCAUCAAUCAUCCGACUUUCUCCCUCUCAGCCGCCCAUAAAAAACAUCUUGCACGGCAAAUGUUCGAUGGUUUAAACUACUUACACCACCGCGGGGUGCUUCAUCGAGAUAUCAAAGCUGCCAAUAUUCUCAUCAGCAAUCAAGGACAGCUGAAAUUUGCCGACUUUGGCCUCGCGCGGUUCUUCUCAAAGAGUCGUCAGCUAGACUACACCAACCGCGUCAUCACCAUCUGGUACCGUCCACCAGAACUCUUACUGGGAGAAACUCGGUAUGGACCAGCCGUCGAUAUCUGGAGCGCCGCAUGUGUGUGGAUGGAGAUGUUUACCAAGAAAGCCGUGUUCCCCGGUGAGGGUGGCGAGAUCAGUCAACUUGAAAAGCUGUACAAUUCUCUGGGUACUCCCACCCGUGCUGACUGGCCUGACAUCGUUGAAAUGCCGUGGUUUGAGUUAUUACGUCCAACAGAGCGGAAACCACGCACUUUCGAAGAUGCUUAUAGAGAUGUCUUGUCUCCCGCAGCUUUGGAUCUCGUUGCCAAAAUGUUUCAGUAUGAUCCUGUGAAAAGACCCUCUGCCGAGGAGGUUCUGACACAUCCAUACUUCACUACCGAGGAACCCACCCCCCAACAGGCUAUUGAACUCGCAUCUGUCGAAGGCGACUGGCACGAAUUCGAAUCCAAAGCCCACCGCAAGGAGAAAGACAAAGAAGCUCGUCGCGCAGAGUAUCAGCGCGAAAAGGAAAAGCGUAGAGUGAGUGGUGGCGCUAUUCAGAAUAGUGAUGGGCGGGACACCAAGCGGGCACGGUUGGAAGAAGAUAUCUCCUCUCAGCUUCCGUCUCUUGAAAAUUGAAAAUAGAGAUCCAGUGGUAAUCGAUUAUUGCUCCAUACGUCACUUUUUUGGUCAAAAGGGGAAAUGCCACUCGAGAGACCUAGUUUUUGUGUUUCCUCCUUGUCUUGUUUAUUUCUUUCAACCCAACAUUUAACGCUGUAGUUUUCCCACCUUCGACUUUCAUACUUGGAGAUACAAAAAGGAAAUGUGAUAUAGGCGAUAUCUUAUUGAUUAAUGUGACUUGCGCAUAACCAACUUCUUCCCUGUUUUGCCAAGUGCUUGCGGUGUUCUCUUUCCUUUUGCCCAAAUCUUCCCUAAUCUAUGCGAUUGUAACUUGCUUGCAGCGCAGACAUUUUGUAUCUGUUUUUCUCUAUCUUCCUCUUGUCUCUUCCAGUUCUCCUCUACACUUCCAGUAUUAUUGAUUUCAUAGCACGGUGUUUCCCUUUUACUCUUCAUUUAUCAAUCACAUUUUUCUAUCAU